UUUACAAUGUCUCUUACCUUUCGAAAACAAAUUACUCAAAUAUGUACCGAUGCCGAAUUAAUUCUACGAGAAAAUAAACAGUUCCCCCUUCCUAUAAAGAAUCCUCAAAACUCCGAAAAAGAAUUCCAAAAUUGUGUCCAAGAAACAAUCAAAUCCCUCGAUAUUAUUCAAAAGAUCACUUCCAAGAUCUUGAAAAACCUAACAACUGCACAUAAUGGUUGGAUGUCCCUAAGACUUUCUAUGACAGAAUCCGAAAGAGCCCAAGAUACUCCCAUAUAUGAUACAUUCCUACAAGAGACUUUCUAUAUCAAAAUUAUGCAUGACCUUAAACGAUAUAACAGAACAUUACGUACAGCCCGAUCUAAUUUAGAAGAGGCUCUCCCAAAACCCACAUCACAGUUAUUACAUCUUUCACAAUUUUAUCGCCUCCCGGAAUUAAAUUUGUCCCAUGAAUGUUUACAAACCUCAAACCCUUCUCAGAAUAAUUCUCAUAAUAAGCUUGUUAAUGAAAUGCUUAAAAGCCCUCCAAACCCACAAUAUAAUAAUCUCAAUGAUCACCCUCAUCGAAACCCAGCCACUAGUUCUCAAACUAGUUCCUAUCCCAAUAUUACAGAACAAUCUUAUGCCAAUCCAUCGAAUUAA